CCAUUUUCCACUCGAUGAUCCUACUCCGCACUUCUGCUCAGGGCAGAAGUGCUUGGCUAGAUUAUCAGAUGUACUGUCUGCUCUGUAACUAUCAGACCUGAUGCUUGAAAUGUCACCUGCACUCAUCGAAUCCAAGUCGCAGCUGGAUCUCCAGCUGCAAACCCUCGCAAGGGCCUUCGAGGCUCUGUUACUGACCACUCAACAACUCAGUUGCAAAGAGAGAACUUUGCAGCAAAGGCUGAAACAUGCCUCUGAAGAGUAUAUCAAGUUAGCAGAAAAACUCCCCGGUGGCCUUGACGGUCAUACCAAAAUUGUUUCCGAAAAAAUCGCUGGUCGCUCUGCCGAAUACGAUUACCAAUUCAAACAGCAACUCAACCCGCCGGACGUAGUAAAGUCGCUUGCCGAGUCCGGCAACGUAGGAGAUGUGGCUCUCGCCUCCAUUAGGGAGGGAUUGGCUUGCUAUCAAUCUAUCAUACCUCCCCAAGAUGCUAAGCAGCUUCCGGAUCUUGACUCAUGUCUUGUUGCCACGAGAGCUGGACUGCCUCCCACCCUAGAAAAAGACUUCACUACCAAGGGUACGCAGGGGAGUCUGCGAUGCCCGUUUGCGAAGCCUAACAAUAAACCCCCUGAAAAUGGGGUGACCAAUGGAGUCGAGCUUGCCUCUCAAGAUAUAAACGAGGACACGUGUGGCCAUGCCGACCUGGACCCGAUCAAAGCUGAGCAGAACGAUAGACGUUCAAGUCGCGCGCCCUCGACGAGGUCGUCGAACACUCGCUGCCCCGUUUCACGAUGUCCCAUAAGAUAUCUAGACCAGCAUAGCCCGGAAGAGAUCGCCGAUUAUGUCGAAAGACACAAACACGAGAUCCCUAGGAGCCAUGCAAUCUGUGUCCAGCGGUACCAGCGGGACUCGCAGACCAUGCGGCAUCUAGAUGCGAAGUAUGGUAAUCUGAUCAGCAUGAUCCAAGGCCUGUCCGUCAAACAUCGGGCUUUCCUUCCGGGUACCACCCAGAAUGGAGCGCCACCUUCAAGCUCGUCUGCUGAACGAGUGGAAAAAUGGGCUGAGGAGGUGGGCUUGAAGUCGGACAUGCAUCCUCCUCCCAUCAAGGAAGAGGAAGGUGAAGGCGAGAUAGAACAGGAAGACGAGGAGCGAAAAGGACAUUUCGACCGUCCUCUGCGUGAGGUUCGGGUGGGUGAAUCUCCAAGCAGGCCUUGGGGUAUCCCUGUCCCGAUCACGCCGAUGCCUCCCACCGCAUCUGCACCUCAAUCCCCCGCAGCACCCGUCGCUGCCUCCCUCGAUCCAACCUCCAAUUCCACAUCUCCAACACCGGCUGUCGUCAUAUCCUCCAAUUUACCGAUGAGUGAUUCGCCGCCCGAGCAUCACGCCGCACCGCCGAAGACCGGCCGCUGCCCCUUUGGGCACGGCGCGCCUUCUGGGAACAAAGAAACCAAGCCCCCAGCAGUGCCCCAGCAAGCGAAAACGAUCAAGAACCACGAGAAAUCGAAUCACACCGAAGACCCUGCGAAGGAAGACCGUGAAGAAGCACACGACGCUGCCAAUCCCACGCAGCAGCCGGCAGUGAACAGUGUGGUCUUCAAUGGUCCGGUAUUUUUCGGGUUUUCAGCGGAGCAGACAGCCUUGGUCUUGCAGCAGCUGGGCAAGCUAGGGAAUUAUGGAUGAAUGGCGAUUCUCUCUGAGCGUUUCAGCCCUGAUCUUCCCUCUCCUCCUCAGUCAUGUGUCUUUGACCGCCUACUAAUGAUGCUAUGACAUCUCAUUCAUGACCCCGUACAUACCUACAUCUGCGUGCAUAUUUGUAUAUCUAGCUAGCGAGCCAGCACUGGUUAGUGUCUUAAGUCACUUGUACAAAUUCACCUAUUAUU